AUUAGGAAGCUCAUCCUGAUUUCCCGAACAGAGAUUUCUCUAUGGUCUAUGGUGUAGAAUAGUUUAGAAAAUGGCAUCUAUGUUGCGAAACAACUGUAAUGGGUGAAUGGGUGUGUAGUUCAUGGUUACAGAAGUGUUUUUACUUGAAUGGAAACAAUUCUUACUAUUUUUAAUUGUUUUACAGUAAUAGUUGUUAUCCAAAUGUUAAACAAAAAUGAAUUGCAACAAAGAUACAAGUGCUUCUACUGGACAACUAUCAAGUGCAAGUAGUGUGGGAGGUGGAAUGCAUCAUUCGUUGUCUACUCCAAUUGGCGUCGAUGGAGGAGUUCGAACACCACCAUCAACGCCCAGAAAAUUUGGUAAAAUGUUGGGAAUCAAAGUUCAAAUGUUGGACGACACGAUUACAAUUUUUCAAGUCCAGUCUAAAGCGUUAGGAAGAGUUUUAUUCGAACAAGUUUGUAAACAACUCCAUUUAUUAGAAGCUGAUUAUUUUGGACUGGAAUACGAAGAUUUGCAUGGUACAAAGUACUGGUUAGAUUUGCAAAAACCUGUGUCCAGACAGUUGGGUCUUUCGCUUGUUGACCCUUUGCUUCACUUUUGUGUAAAAUUUUAUACACCUGAUCCCAGCCAAUUAGAGGAAGAGUACACUAGAUACUUAUUUUGUUUACAAGUUAAACGGGAUCUUGCGCAGGGUCACCUACAGUGUAAUGACAACACAGCUGCUCUUAUGGCCAGUUAUAUCGUACAAGCCGAAUGCGGAGAUUUUGUAGCAGAAGACUAUCCUGAUCAUACCUACUUGACCAGUUAUAAGUUUGUCCCCCAUCAAGACCAAGAAAUUGAGAGGAAAAUAAUGGAAAAUCAUAAAAAGCACAUAGGUCAAUCUCCAGGAGAAGCUGACCUAAACCUCCUAGAAACUGCUCGUAGAUGUGAACUUUAUGGCAUAAAAAUGCAUCCCACUAAAGAUCAGGAGAAUGUGCCUCUUAAUUUGGCUGUGGCACAUAUGGGUAUUAUUGUUUUUCAACAUUACACAAAAAUAAAUACCUUUUCAUGGGCAAAAAUACGCAAAAUUAGUUUCAAAAGGAAAAAGUUUCUUAUAAAAUUACACCCAGAAGGAUAUGGAUAUUAUAAAGACACCGUAGAAUUUUUUUUCGAAAGCAGGAACGAAUGCAAGAAUUUUUGGAAAAAGUGUGUGGAAAAUCAUGGUUUCUUUAGAUGUUCAUCAGUAAAAACUGUUCCCAGGCAUAAGACGAGAGUUCUUUCUAGAGGUAGUUCAUUUAGGUAUAGUGGAAAGACCCAAAAGCAAAUAGUUGAAUUUGUGAGAGAUAAUUACGUAAAAAGACAGGCAUUUCAGAGGUCGGCUUCUUUCCGGCAUACUAGUUCACAUUCGAGUUCAGUCAACAUGCACGCAAGCUCAGUUGGCAACAGCAUUUCUGCCCACCCCUUGUUGCCCCUUAGUGACAAUGUCGUGACUGCGGAAGUAUCCAAACGGUCAGUAUCCCUUGCAUCAAUGGAAGACCCCAAAAAAAUUCCGGAUUCUCCGACGACGAAAUCAGCCUCUCUCCCCCAAGGCACAGUUAUGUCUUGGAAUUCGAUUACCGACGUUCAGCAUAUCAGUCAGCUUGCUCAGACGACGAGCUCGCCGUCCCCACCUCUGACGAUGCAAUCGAUAUCACCGGCAACUUCUGCAACUGCGAGUCCACAGCACUUAUCCUUUCAGGACCCCCACCGGAUAACCCAGAAAUACAUCAGCACACCGCCGCCGUCAUCUCCUCCGCCGUCAUUGCCAGUGACCGAUCACAAAAUCGAAACAGGCCAAAUCAAUCCCCCAAGUGCAAAUCGAAAAAACGCAGGAGUAAAUUUCCCAUACGUACCCAGCUAUACCCUUUACCAAAAAUCCAAAAAGACAGUAGCUUGCAUGGAUAAGAUCUGUUUAAAUCCUACAUUUGCAACAUCAGAAAUUAAAUAAAGCGGUAUUUCCCGAAGAAAUUUUCAUAUUGCGUGUUGUUCAUUCACGUGACUCAACCGAAUCAGCCUACAC